AUGGUGUCUCCGCCGCACGCGCUGGUGAUCCCGUACCCGGCGCAGGGCCACGUGAUCCCGCUGCUGGAGGUGGCGCACGCGCUGGCCGACAGGGGUUUCACCGUCACCUUCGUAAACACUGAGUUCAACCACGCCCGCGUCGUCGCGGCCGGCGCCGGGCUGGAGGACGGCGGCCGGAUCCGGUUCGUGGCGGUGCCGGACGGCAUGGCCCCCGGGGAGGACCGGAACCAGCUGGUGAGGCUCACCAUGCUCAUGGAGGAGUUCAUGGCUCCGCGGGUGGAAGAGCUCGUCCUCGCCAGCGGCGAGGGCGGUGGCGCGGGAGGGAAGAUCACGUGCAUGGUGACCGACUACAAUGUUGGGUCGUGGGCGCUGCAAGUUGCGCGCAGGACCGGGAUCCGGUCGGCGGCCGUGUGGCCGGCGUCGACCGCCGUCAUGGCGACGCUGCUGAGCUUUAACAAGCUCAUCGAGGAUAAGAUCAUUGAUCCGGAAGACGUCGAUUAUGACAUCGGUGCACGAAAUAACCGCGUGCUGGCGCACCCGGCGGUGGCAUGCUUCGUGUCGCACUGCGGGUGGAACUCCACCAUGGAGGGCGUCCGGAACGGCGUUCCUUUCAUCGCGUGGCCCUACUUCGCGGACCAGUUCGUGAACCAGGUGUACAUCUCCGACGUCUGGAAGAUCGGCCUUAAGGCUGUCGCCGACAAGUCCGGAGUGAUCACGAAGGAGCACAUCGCCGGCCUGCUGGCGGAGCUCAAGGGGGACGCCGGGAUGAGAGAGAGAGUGGAGGCCUUGAAGAAGGCGGCGCAUGAGAGCAUUCAAUCUGGGGGAUCCUCACAUGGAAACUUUGAUACUUUUGCAGAGGGCAUGAAGAAAGCAUGA